AUGUGUAUUGCGUUCUGGACGGCAAAUACAGCGGGCUACGAUCUAGCCCUGAGCUUCAACCGCGAUGAAUAUUACAGCCGGCCGACUGUUGGAUUCCAUCACUGGCCGAGCAAUCCAUCCAUCUUUGCGCCGCAGGAUCUCCAGCCAGACAACCCAGACCAGCGCGGCUCCUGGAUAGGCACAAGUAAAGGCCGCCUGGCACUACUCACAAACUUCCGCGAACCGAUAUUCCACCACGACAAUAGGAUAUCUCGUGGCGCGCUUAUCCGCAAUUACCUCCUCGAUCCACCCAUAACUCCCGGCGGCCAGCCGCUCAUUAAUCCCACCGGUCGGGUUGCACAGGAGUAUGCACAGCUUAUUUAUGAGGAAAGGGCAAAGUAUGACGGAUUCAACUUGGUCUUGUUUGAUUUUGCCGAGCGACCAGUGAGGGCCGUGUAUGUCAGCAAUCGCAGCGACCAGGCGGUCAAGGACUUGGAGCCCGGUGUUGUUUAUGGGCUGUCCAAUUCGCUUUUGGAUAAUCCGUGGCCCAAAGUUACCAGGGGCCAGCAGAUGUUUGCCGAGGCCCUUCGGGUGGGCGGAAGCGACGAUGACGUCAUCGCGAGGCUGAUGAGCGUCAUGCGCGAUGAAGGUGGCCUGCAAGAGGGGAGUCUGCCGCAUAAAAUCGAAGACUUGAAGGACCGGAUUUUUGUUCCCAAGGUUGACGACGGCCUCUGUGGCAGCAUGGCGUCUGGCGACUACGGCACUAGGACUACCGACGUUCUCCUCCUCCGCGGAGACGUGCUCACAGUGGCCGAGCGCAACUACGGCGUCGACAGCAGUGGCGGAAAAGUUCAAAUAAGCCGUGUUGAAGUGUGA